AUGUCGAAUAACACCGAUCUGUUAACUUCGGGAGGGUUAUCAGUACGGUGUCAAGAGGCAAGCAGCGCUAUUGAAAAUGUGGGUAGCGAUGGAUGCAGUGAUCUACGGUUUCGACAUGAAAUCGAGCCACCUGAAAUAGACCCGUGGGGAGGCCGAUAUAGCAUCUCUUUAGCAGAGCUUCCCAAACUGCCACCGUCAUACGAAAAUACCCUUUCUCAGGCUGCAGUGCCUUCCACCUUCGAAAUCGGAGUUUCAAAGGAGAUGGUGAGAGAGGAGAUAAAAUUACUACAAAUAAUUGAUGCCUCAGAUGAUGAGUCCAUAAUGGAUUACAGGUUCUGUUACUUUCCUCCUGAUACAUACCGCCUGUCGAGGACUAUUGAAGCACACCUCGCCGACGUGACUAGGCGAGAAAAUGAACUCAUAGAACGUCCUCGGCCUCCUAGUCGACGUCCUUUGACAAGGAAAGAUCCAAAACAGAACGAGUACGGACACCUACUAGAUAAUUAUGGAAGCGAUUCGCUCGAAAGAGAAUUGACGAGCCAGUUCAAAAAGGUAUCCUUAGCAGGAGGGGCCAGCGGGUCGAACACAUACAACGGGGCUUCAGGCCAAGGCAUGGGGAGCAUUCAAGAGCAGCAGAAUAUCAGGAACCGGUCCAAUAGCCCAAUAGGCUGCAGUAUUACACAAAAGGAGUUGCUGAACUUAGCACCCGCUAUCAAUUUCGGCGAGUUUGCAACUGACAUAGAAAUUCCGUCAGUAAGCAAUGGUUCUCAGUCGCAAAGGCAACUGAGCAUAGAUUCCAAUAGCUUGGAAAAUCGCUCCAACACAAGAGCUUCGCAGGAGUCGCUGGUACACCCCGACUCAAGGUUCCACGGCGACCAGAAAUCAAUGCGUUCAGAUACAAAAAGUAGGGUCACGUUUAUGAGCACUGACACCGGAGCCAGUGAAAGCAGGAACACCGUUAGCUCUAUUAAAAAGCAGUCAACAGGGCCUGCCAGGUGCAGAGCCGGCACAGACGACUCGCAGUCUGUCAGCAGUUUGGAGAUAAAGUCGUUGGAAAGGUCGACAAUGGAUUCAAGGGAUAUGUGUGACUUCCUAAUGCCCAACAGCGCGAAUCUCCUCGCCGGCACGAGAGAUACAAAGGAUGGAUUUUCCAACAUCGAAACACAGCGUACGCGCAGCAGCGCGUUUACGAGCAGGGAGCGUGUUCGCAAGCACCGCAUUUCCCGCGCAUCUAGGUCACCAAAGCGCGCUUCCGUAAUGAAGAACACCAUUCCCUAUUCUCAUUCGGACCGCGAGUUCCGGAACAAGCUUAACGACAUGCUAGAACAGACAGGAGUCCUAAAUAUCUCGGACGGUAGCACGCUCAGCAUCAACGGCCAGGAUCUGAUUAGCGAGAAGCCGUACACAAACCGCCGCAUGUACAACACAUGGCGGGGCGUGCGAUCCAAACUCGUCUCUUCACGCUGCUCCAGUCUCCUCAGCACCACCGACCCGCGCGCCUGCGGCAAUCCCACCGCAAAGGGACGCCUCCCAGACCUCAAGAUGCCCAAGAAGCCCUGGUUCAAGCGGGUCCACGAGACAAACCAGCGCCUUCUCAAAUCGGCAGCGCGCGUGAUGUUCAGCAAGAUAGACGAGUUCCAAGGCAUGAGCUUCGAGCGGCUCUCCGAAGCCGCGAAGAAGUUCGACCGCAGGCGCCAGGAUCGCUCUGCGGAGCCACGCACCGCUACCGAAAGCUGCCACACCCCCGCGGACGCCCCACAGUCCGCCGCGCCCACCUUCGGCCCGUGCCACACUACCACCCUCCCGCCAGAGCCCUCGGUGCCGCUGCCGCCCCCGGAGGACCGCAGGCCAUCACCGCCCGCCGCCUCUCCAGCCCGCCCCCGGCACUCCACCUUCUCGUUCCAGCCUCCCGUCUUGAAGCCCCAGAAUCUCUUCGUCACCACCUGCGCGGCCCCGGGGUCCAUAACCCCUCCACCUGAGCCCAUCUCUCAUUCGGUUUCUUCCAUGCCCUCUGCAUGGAAGGUGAGGUUGAAUCCCGACGCAAAGCCAAGAGGCGGCCCACGGUCACCCAAGAUUGCUCUCGCCCAGCAAAUCAUCCCAUUAAAGGCGGUCGGUUACAAGACUGAUCAAUUGCCGAAUAACUCUCAUGGGAUGUACGGUUACUUGUAG